AUUAAUAUUUUCCAGUUGGCGCCGAGACGGCUGAGAAUAAGUUUCGUAUUGUUGCUUUACUUACUCCAUAUAUAUGUAUAAAUAUAAGUAUAAGUUUAUCAUUUCUGCAAAUAAGUAAAGUAUGAGAAGUUUAUGACAGUGACGUCAUGUUUUUAUUUAUUUAAUACUCAGCUCGAGGCAAAUGUCUGAAGGCUAAUUCAAUACAAACAUCUAUAGGUGUUUUAAUAAAUUGUUCUCACUGUACUGGAGUAAAGUGAUUUUGUUUAUUUAUUGAGUGGCAAAAAUAACGGGACAAUGGGUGAGAAAGAAGAAGAAAUGAAAUUAGUUGAAGAGAAGACAGAGGAGCAAAUCAGCUGGCCUUAUAUGACAAUAAAAUCAUUCGCGGCCAGUCUGUUUAUCAAAGCAGCUGCUGUCGGCGCUAUUUGGGGAUGGGGGUACAUGAACUGGAGCAUCGGGUGGCUGCUUCCUCCAGUUAUUUUUUCGGUAUGGAAAGUCGAAAAUAGCAAAAGUUCUCAGCUUAAGAGAUUGACAGCGCAAGCAGCUGUUAUGGCCAAAGAAAAAGAUGUUAUCAUUAGCAGACUUGAUGAAUUACCAUCUUGGGUUUACUUUCCUGACUUUGAUAGAGCGGAAUGGCUCAAUAGAAUCUUAUAUAAAGUUUGGCCGGGUAUGAAUCACUUUGUACGCGAACUAGUUAAAGAAAAAAUCCAACCGGCUGUUAUUCAAUCCUUAUCAGAAUAUAAAAUGACGGGAUUUCAAUUCGGGCGAUUAGUUCUUGGGAGAAUUCCUCCUAAAAUAUAUGGAGUCAAGGUUUACGAAAAAAACACAUCGAGAAAUGAGAUAAUAAUGGACUGCGAUAUAUUGUAUGCUGGAGAUUGUGAUAUAUCCUUUUCAUUAAGUAACAUCAAAGGAGGAAUAAGAGACUUUCAAUUACGUGGAAUGCUGCGGGUUGUUUUGAAGCCAAUGCUUAAUACUAUGCCAUUAGUCGGUGGAGUCCAGUUAUUUUUUUUGAACAAUCCAACGAUAGAUUUUAAUUUAGUCGGGGCCGUAGACGUCCUCGACUUUCCUGGAUUAAACCAAGCGCUGAGGAAAGUCAUCCGAGAACAGAUAGCAGCGUUUGUAGUGUUGCCAAAUAAAAUAGUCGUGCCAUUGAGUGACAGUAUUCCUGCCGAAGUUCUGAAGAUGCCAGAACCUGAAGGAGUGCUGAGAAUUCACGUAGUUCAGGCCAAACACUUGAUGAAAAAAGAUAUUGGAGUACUGGGUAAAGGAAAGUCCGAUCCCUAUGCUGUUAUCACAGUCGGCGCUCAGGAAUUCAGGACUAAAACAAUCGAUAAUACCGUAGAUCCUAAGUGGGAUUACUGGUGCGAGUUUAUAGUGGAACAGAGCUCAGGAGUCAACAACAAAGUCAUUACUCAUCUUUUUGACAAAGACAAAACUGGACAAGAUGAUCAGCUCGGAAGAGCCAGCAUCGAAGUCAGCCGCGUUAAGAAGAGGGGAACAAUCGAUAAUUGGUUUACGUUAGAGUUCGCCAAACAUGGGAUGGUACAUCUCCGAUUAACUUGGCUGAGUCUUUCUAAAAGUGUUGCCGAUUUACAAGCUGCUUUGGUGGAGACUCAGCAGUUACGCGUUACGUCAAUGAGUACGGCAAUUUUGACAUUAUUCAUCGAUUCAGCUAAAAACUUACCCUGUCUCCGGGGUAGUAAGCAACCGGAUGUUUAUUUAGAAGCGAGUAUUGGAAAUAAAACUGAAAGAACUGGCACGAUGUUGCGUUCGUGUGAUCCUAUAUGGGAGCAGGGAUUCACAUUUUUAGUAGGAAAUCCCGAAACCAGCAGCUUAAACAUCAGAAUUGUAGAUGAAAAGACUGGAUCAGUUGUUGGAACUCUGACUUACAGUCUUUCAAUUUUGAUAACGAAACCAAAUCUCGAAGACAUGCAGCAGCCUUAUGAUCUCCAGAACUCUGAGCCUGAAAGUAAAUUAAUAAUGUCCAUGACUUUACAUAUUUUGAAGUAUGAAGUGCCGGAGAUAAAUAUGGACGAUGAAGAGGAUGAUGAGGACUUUAGUCAGUUGAAGAAAAAAGUCGAACGCCAGGAAUCAAACCUCAGCUUUUCUCAAAGCAGUAGUGUACCGUCCACUCCGUUGAAGAAACAGGCCUCCAAAGAAUCUAUUCACAGUGCAGCAAAUAGCACCGUUUCUAGUUCCGCGACAGUUCCACCGGUAUCUGAAGUAGAAAAAGAGAUGGAACGUGAAAUGGUAAUUCCAUCUGAGGCUUCGAAUAAUGAUUCAUUCCAUCCUGAACUUCUUCAUCGUCAUCCCAGUGUGACGUCGUCUGCUGGAGAUUGGAAACUCGGUAGAAUUCAGCUGACACUUCGUUACAGUGUCCCCAGGCAAAAAUUAAUUGUUGUAGUUCACAAAGUUGCCAAUUUACCUCUACCUCUAAAUGACCCACACAAUAUUCCUGACCCAUAUGUCAAGCUUUAUUUACUACCGGACCGACAUAAGGAAACGAAACGCAAGACCGCUGUUAUAAAGGACAACUGUAACCCAGUUUACGACGAGCAAUUUGAAUAUGUCGUAUCACAAGGUGAUUUAAACGAACGAAUUCUUGAAGUUUCCGUGUGUACACAGAAAGCUUGGCUCUCUUCGAGCAACAAUAUUAUGGGUCAAGUUCGCAUGAAUUUAUCCGAAAUCGAUGUCACUCAAGCAUUUACGAAUUGGUACGACUUAAUGCCGGAAGUCAAAAAAGAUUAAUUUAUUUAUGUUUACAGCUUUAUUUCAUAACGAGCACGAGUUGUAAUCUAUGCUGGCGUACUAACAUAAACGUAUUAAUAUAUUAAUAUGAUGCUAAUUUUUAAUACUUUGUUUGAUUGUUCAAAAAUUUAUUGUUCUGUUGAAAAGUAACAAAGUGUUGAUACGAAGGGCAGGCCUUUACUCAAAAUUAUCUAUGCGAAAAACAUGUUAAACUAAAAAUAUUUAUAUGAAAAUAUAUAUAAAACUUUACAAUAA